CGCGCGCGCACACAAGCAACAGUCAGGCGGCGGAGGAUGCGCACAACAUGAGCAACAGCCAAUAGAGCUCAUAGAGAGAAGAACACGGUGAAUUCCGACUCGUUUAGCGUCGGGAAUGCGAUCUAGAAACACUCGGCUUGUUCAGAUAUUCUGGGCUGGAUCAGAUCUCCGGUUCAUCGCUUCACAUCACAGAAACUGACAGUCCCGUCCAAGAGCAGCACGUUCUCUUUGGACUGGAUCUAGACCUCGGGACGGCAGGAUUGGACUCCGAUUGUCUGUUUUGGAUUAUUCUGCUGAGGAGGAGUCACUUCGGAGAGCAUGAUUACUUCCAGAGCCGGAAUACUAGAGACUAAUCUAGUUUAUGUGGGCAAACUCGAUUACAGCGGCGAAUCCCUCAUGUGAACAGAGCAGAGUCUAAUUCGUUUUGCUGCAGGACGUGCAUUGACUUCAGCGGUGUUUAAGCAGAAUCAAGAGUUUGGGAUCUUCGCAAUGCGUUUUCUGUAGGAGCGUUCUCUUGGAACGUUGGGUAUCCUGGGACGGCAUCCGUGGCGUUCGGUGUUGGCGUGGAGCUGAAUCGAAUGGCUCGACCCGGCUCUGGGGUUCUGGUGUCGCUGGGAGGCGGAUACUCGUCUCAGAGCAUGGCUAGGGUGGUGGUUUGGGAAUGGCUGAACGAACACGGCCGCUGGAGGCCAUACGGCGCCGCCGUCUGUCAUCACAUCGAAAACGUCCUGAAGGGGGACGCUCGGGGGACCGUCAUACUGGGGCAGGUGGAUGCCCAGCUCGCGCCCUACGUCAUAGACCUGCAGUCCAUGCAUCAGUUCAGGCAAGACACAGGCACAAUGCGUCCCGUGCAACGUAAUUUCUACGACCCGUCCUCGGCUCCAGGCAAGGGCAUCGUGUGGGAAUGGGAGAACGACUGCGGCUCCUGGACGCCGUACGACAUGGAGCUGUGCGUCAGCAUCCAGAACGCCUACGAGAAGCAGCAUCCCUGGCUGGACCUGAGCUCUCUGGGCUUCAGCUACGUAGUAGACUUCGACGGGAUGUCCCAAACCAACCGGCAGAGUCAGAGGAAGCGGCGCAUCCGGCGGCGGAUGGACCUGGCCUACCCUCUCAUCGCCGGAUCCAUCCCCAAGUCCCAGUCCUGGCCGGUGGGCACCAGCUCGGGGACGCCCUGCACCUGUCAGCAAUGCAUUCUGGUCCACAGCACGAGGGCCGCCUCCAACGCCAUCCUGGCCCUGCAGCAGAGGAGGAAGCUGUACGGGACGGAGGGCGGAGCCAGCGCCGUCGUCAGGCAGAGCAACACCUUCGCCGGCACCUCCCUCUGGUCGCCCGCGACGACCGUCGCCAGGGGACACCAUAACAACAUAUCGGUGGGAGGCGGAGGAGGAGGCGGGAAGGUGGAGAUGAACUUCCCGUGCGCUCCUGCCAUCGUGACGCUGCCAUCCAAUCACGCGCUUACUAUUAACGGACAGAACAAUCUGAACCGGCCGGGAACGCAGCGGAUCACGGUGACGGCCAGCCGAGGAUCUGUCCCUCCAGGGGUUCCUGCACUUCCUGUGAAGAAUCUCACCGGGUCAGGUCCGGUCCAUCCCGCGUUAGCAGGAAUGACUGGGAUCCUCAUGUGUGCCGCUGGGCUCCCCGUGUGUUUGACCCGGGCUCCUAAACCCAUCCUCCAUCCACCGCCGGUCAGCAAGAGCGACCUGAAGCCCGUGCCGGGGAUCAACAGCAUCCGACGCAAGACCAAGAAAAAGCACCUCCGCAAAGGUAAAAACCCCGAGGACGUGGUUCGGCGCUACACGGAGAAGAUCAAGUCGGCUCCCGAUGAGGACUGCACCAUCUGUAUGGAGCGACUGGCCACCGCGUCCGGAUACGAGGGAGUGCUGAGCUACAGAGGCAUCAAGCCCGAGCUGGUCGGCAAACUGGGAAAGUGCGGACACAUGUACCAUCUUCUGUGUCUGGUGGCCAUGUACAACAACGGCAAUAAGGACGGCAGUCUGCAGUGUCCCACCUGUAAGGCCAUCUACGGGGAGAACGGCACACAGCCUCCUGGGAAGAUGGAGUACCACGUGAUUCCUCAUUCUCUACCUGGAUACUCCGACACCAAGACUAUACGGAUCGUCUAUGACAUUCCAGCUGGGAUACAGACCACAGAGCACCCGAAUCCCGGGAAAAAGUACAGCGCGCGCGGAUUUCCUCGACACUGCUACUUACCAGACAACGAGAAAGGCCGGAAGGUGUUGAAGUUGCUCAUCACGGCGUGGGACCGUCGCCUGAUCUUCACCAUCGGGACGUCCAGCACCACGGGGGAGACGGACACGGUCGUCUGGAACGAGAUCCACCACAAAACAGAGUUCGGCUCCAACCUCACGGGCCACGGCUACCCCGACCCCAACUACCUGGACAACGUGAUGAGGGAACUGGCCGCUCAGGGCGUCGGAGAGGACAACCUGAAGGACUGA